AUGGCAACACUGCACCUCAACCACGAACUAUUGCUAGACCAUCUCUACCAGCCCAACCUUCUCCUCAAACACCUGCUCGCCAUGAGCACGGCAGUACCUCGAGCACGACCUCUCCCAGCCCAAUCCACUCGUCGUAAACACACCCCCAGCCAACUCGCUCCUAUUCGACCUACAGCCAUUCGACCUACAGCCCCAAACCACACCUGCGCGCAACAGGUACAAGCUCGAUCUCCGCAGGCCCGGAAAAGUUUCUCUGGGCCUGUGACUGCCACGGCUACACGUCUGAACCCGACUGUUCGACACGAGCUUUCUGCUACUACGUUCACAAUCGCGGCGAGCGCGGAGCGAGGUAGUGGCUAG